UAUGUAUUCGACAAGAUAAUUGGAUACGGAGGAUUCUCGACUGUUCGCAAAGGCUACCGUAUUUCGGACGGCCAGAAAGUGGCAGUCAAGAUCAUCAAGAAAUCGGCAGACGAUGACGACCAGAUUCGCACUGAACGCGAAAUUAACAUCUGGAAGUCUCUAGAACACCCAAACAUCGUCAAGGUUCAGAAUGUACUCGAGACAGAUUAUGCAACAUAUAUUGUCGCCGACUAUUGUGCCAAUGGCCACCUACUUGACUUUGUCCACUCCAAAACCAAACUGUCUGAACCAGAAGCCAAAAAGAUUUUCGUGCCUCUAGUGAGAGCGAUUGCCUACCUCCACAAUCAAGCCAAGGUGUGCCACAAAGAUAUUAAGCUUGAAAAUGUGCUCCUCGACGAAUGCAACACUGUCAAGUUGUGUGACUUUGGACUGGCCAUGGCACAGCAGCCAUCAAUGAAAAGUGACUCUGAAGUUGCGGGUGGCUCACUUGCCUAUGCAUCACCGGAACAGAUCCGGUCCGGUACUGCGCUCGGAUGUCCAAAAACUGAUAUCUGGUCUUUGGGUAUUGUCUUGUACGCCCUUGUUUCUGGACAAUUGCCUUUUACAGAUUCAUAUGCUGGCCGUCUUCAGGAGAAGAUCGUGUCUGGCCAAUUGGAACCACUACCUAACUCUCUUAAUCUCUCCCCCGAAUUCCACUCUCUCCUCAAUGGCUGUCUUUCCAUGAACCCUCUUGAGAGAUUCAGCGCUGAUCAGAUCCUUUCAUCUUCUUGG